CUUUAGACGUCACUUCCGCCACCUCCUAAGCUGAGCAAGAUGGCGGCCGUUGUAGAGAGAGUUGAUGGAUGUGUUGGGUCCCUGGAUUCAGACGCGGUGUCACCGAGACAGUCCACCCCUCCACCGGACCAGCCGCACCAGAACAACCCUCUGUUAGGACUGCCCAUUGUGGCCAUUGAGACUAUUCUCAAUUUUCUGUCGUACGAUGAAAUCAGCCUGCUUCGUUCGGUGUGUAAGCGCAUGGACAUGAUCUGCCAGCGAGUCCUGAAUCAGGGUUUCCUGAAGGUAGAGCGUUACCACAGUCUGUGCCAGAGACAAGUUAAAGCCCAGCUGCCCAGGCGAGAGUCAGAGAGGAGAAACCAUUCACUGGCUCGUCAUGCUGAUAUCCUGGCUGCUGUGGAGACACGCCUCUCUCUGCUCAACAUGACCUUCAUGAAAUAUGUCGACUCAAACCUCUGCUGCUUCAUCCCUGGAAAGGUGAUAGAUGAGAUUUAUCGUGUGCUGCGUUACGUGAACUCCACUCGAGCCCCACAGCGAGCUCAUGAGGUUCUGCAGGAGCUGAGAGAUAUUUCCUCCAUGGCCAUGGAGUACUUUGAUGAAAAGAUUGUCCCUAUCCUGAAGAAGAAGCUGCCAGGGGCUGAUCUGUCUGGCCGCCUCAUCGGUUCUGCACCAGUGGCAGGUCCAUCUACCUCCCUGACCACUAUGUCCCUGCUGGCCAAGAACACGCCAUCGCGCUCUGAGAUGACCAAGGUGCAGCAGCAGGUGAAGGUGAAUGGGGCGUCGAUGACAGUACUGCGGAGGGAGAUGCAGGAAAUUCGCGUCAAGCAGCUGGAGCAACAAAAGCAGCUGCAGGACCAGGAACAGAAGCUGCUGGAACAGACCCAGGUAAUUGGUGAGCAGAACGCCCGCCUUGCAGAGCUGGAGCACAAGCUCCGUGAACUGAUGGACAGUAGUGCUGCUGCUAUGGGAGGACCGAGGCCCAGCUCAGCUGUCCCCUCCACAUCCAGCAACGCUGCCAUGUCUUCCACUGUUGCUAGCACGUCUAGUAUUGUGUUGGCAAGUGGCAAUGUGGCUGCAGCCUCUAUACCCAUAGAGCCAGAGGGUGAGGGAGGGUCAUCGGUCAAACGCACCAGAAAGAGCCCAGACCUUCCACGACAGUCCAAACGGCUGCGCAGCAAGAAAUAAGAGACUCAGUGUAACAUUUAGUUCAAAGUUUGUUUUUGGUUUUGAGGUCUGAUUGAUCACACUCUAUCCCCAAUCCCCUGCCUCACCCCCUCACCCCACCGGCACUCAUCACCUGUACUGUCACGUGAGUCAAGAGUAUCCCUGUAUGCUUUACCAGUGUUCUCUGCCCCACCACACACACCAUGAGACAAAAAGUUGUUGUGGUGUUGGAUUUAACAAUAGUGUUAGAUGGCUUGCUGCUGUCUACAGCUAAAAUAGUGAGCUCAGAAAGUCAUCAGAAUUUACACAACAUUGACUCACUUCUUUAGUCUUUCGUUAUUCUACUUUUUUUCCUAUUAUCAACAAAUCUCAAGAAGACACCCAAACCAACAAUGUGUUUGUGCGUCUCUCAAUACUUUCUGUUCUUUGGUUCAUACUGAAGACGUAAAUCUUUACAACACCACACACACAUAUAAUUUGGUUUAUAAAUAUGCUUAAUUUCCUAAAACAGUUGCUCACUGUAGUUUUGAUUAAACAACAGGAGGAAAUCGUGCAUAUGCUCAGGACUAUUGUCAGUGGUGGAUUAAUCCACGUUUGGUUUGAUUUGGUUUGGUGCUCUAGUGAGUGUGAAUUAUUUUCUAACAGUGUGUGUGUUCAUGGUAAUGAAGGAACAUGUCACCCAGUGCACCAGUGUGGCUCACUGAGGUGUGUGACAGUAAUGGAGCUCUGGCACAGAGGAAUAAGGUACAUCAGCCUUUGGACACACACAGUAGUUCUCACAUGGGGUUUGUUGACAAGAAGAAAAAUAUAGAAUAUUUCCAGACUCAGGCUUGUUAGUCACUUAAUUAAAUCAGAGUAAAGGCAGGCGAUCAGCUCUUUGCCUUUAAUUGAAGGUUACAUUAAAUUGAUUGUACAGGUUUUUAAUACAGAUGCAGAGGCCCAUGUUUAUGAACAAUUUGGUAUCACAAAAACAGAAACUCAGAUGGAUGAUGCAUUUGCUCAUCAAAAGUGACGUUAAUUGUGAUUAAUGCACUUCCUGUAUCUGAAAUAAAAGCUACUGAGAUAUUUUAUUUAAACUAAAGGAUAUCACAUUAAAAACAGAGUCAUGAUGGUCCUUAAAUGACAAAUAAUCUAACCUAACCUUGCAUGUUAUCAGUAAUCUGUGAUCUCUUCUCCAAUUUCACAUGGGUGGGAAAACAUUCAUUUCAUUCACACGUGCUUCUCCCUAACUUGGCUAUGUGCAAUAAAAAUCAUCUAAAGUAAUUUAUUUUCCUUGCCAGUAGUGUGGUUGUUCUGUUCAGAAUUGCUGCUCACAUCUGUCCAGUUUAAUCUGAUCUGUUCUUGAACCACCAUGGGAAAAGGCAGUAUUCAGGUAGCAUUGGUCAAAAUGUCACCCGUUGACUCUUCCCUUCAAUGCCUGGCAGAGGGCCUAACAUACAGGCAGAUGUUGAUCAUGAAGGGAUUUCAUCUCCACAGAUAGCACUGUCCUGGGAUCCUCAGAAAUCCAGCAGUGAUGAUGGAACCCAUGGUUCCAAAGUGGGUGAAAGUAAUAAUUUCUUUAAAAGGUUUCCAGUGAGAAAAGGCUUUAUUGUGCCUGAAAGCAUCUGAUGUACAUGCUUCAACUUUACAUAUGAAGUUACUGUAUGUGCUGAGGACAAAGAAACUAUAUAACUGCUCUCCAAUGGCACAACAAUGUUUGGCAUCUGCCUUUUAAGGAUCAUACCAGUGUUUUUACAUAUUUCAUCCUAUGUACCUCAAAUAAUGAACAGUUCAGAUCAGCCAAACAUGUUUUUACUUUCCAGACAGCCACUAUUCAUUUCACUACAGAAACUUCCACGUCAUGACUUGCCUUGAUUUUUUAAAUGAAAAAAACUUGGCAGCUGUUCCUGGAAAUGUGCCCGUUUCUCCUCUUCCCUCUGUCAAAAUCAGACAAAUUGACCAUGCAGUUUCACAACUGUGCUUCAUUUUAUUCCAACAACUCUUAGUUGAAAUAAUUGGUCCUGAGACUUACAUUAUCUCAAGGUCCAUUUACUAGCACACCCCCCAGUUUUCAUCACUGCAAAUAGUGGUUUGGAGAUGGUGAGUCAACCUUGAGUUGUUUUGUCAAAUUUUAAAUAGUUUGAGAAAAUGAUUUUAACCCCAGCUCACUUGCUGCCUUUUUCUGACACUUUCAACCACAUCUCACAGUCUUCAGUGCAUGACAUGACAACUGAGUAACCUCUUGCACUCAUGAGGAAGAUUUUGCCAUAUUGGAAUUAGUUGUAAGACUGUAAGAUGUGAUUGAAAGCUCUGGGAGAAUUUGAAGAAGAGAAGUUGAAAUGCAGACAAGCACUUGUAUGGUCCUUAGGUCAAAGCAGAAAUUAUGUAAAUUCUUUUGAAAAAGUAAACUGUAUAUGUACUUUUAAUGGGGCUGUUCACCCAAUUACAAAUGUCUUUGCUUCCUCUUUAGUGCCCUGCAGAUAGGUUUGUUUCUUCUUGUCCAUGUUUAGUGAUAUUUGUCUCAGACUCUUGCCUCCACUUCAGAAUAAGUGAAGUGAAUGGCAUUCUCUCCACCAGAGGGAACAUAUGUUUUUUUUUUUUUUUUUUUUUUUUUUUUUUGGAACACCAAGACACCGUAAAGAAAUCAUUGUCCCACCUCCCCUGUGCAGUGGCACCCCCCCCCCCCCCCCUGUACAAACUCGUCUCUUGCCUUGUGAGGCUAGGUUAGCUGUGCUGAGCCCAUAUUGUGGCUGCACUUUUGUUUCUUUGUUUGAGGCUUUUCUGUUGUUUGGGAUGACCUGAACCACUCAUGGCAUGACCUUUUGGGAAAAAACUAUGACAAUGCAGUUCAUAUAUUGGUGAACACUAGAGUGUAUUAUAAUGACACUGGGCAACAAAACACAAGAAGAUGUAAUCUAGUGGCUUAAUUUGAGACUGCGUCUCAGUUUAGAAAAAUUGUACUGUAAUCUUCAUGUACUUUAAAGUGUAGAUUGUGAAUUAUUUCAUGUAUGUAUACCAAGAAAACUAUCUUUUGAGUUAGCCAACUUGGGGCUAACUGUACGGUUUUGUUGCACACAUUACUGUUACAAAUGUACAAAUCAAACCUAUUAAAUUGAACUUAUCCACA